AUGGAUCGGAGUGAGCUGUUAGCAAAGUGGCGUGGUCUACAGAGCAUCAUUUACCAGCUUAGUUACACCACUCCAUACGACGACCUCAUCAGUGGAGAAGCAGAAAUGUUGUCGCAAGCUGUAACGACCAGCGUUGGAUAUACCGGCCCGGUACUUCAUUCCAACGCCAUGUGGAACACCAUUGAGAUCCAAGAACUUGUUGGACAGAUGCAACGUGACGGUAGGAGAAAGCUCGCAGCACUGGAGGCACUCUAUCACGAUUCAUUUGAUUACAUGAUCCCUUCCGAUCGCGGUGAGCCGGAUGAGCCAGAGUCUUUGGCCUCGAGCGACAUUGCCAUGGACCUGAUCUACAGCAAUAUCGGCCGCGCUGCUGAGCACACGAGGCUGAUCAACGAAGCGCUCUCGAACAGAGUCAACACCGCACAACAUACUAAACUCAAACGCGCGGUGGAGGGUCUGGAAGGCAGGAUGAACAGCUUUGAGACUUGGCUCGAGAACAUGGGAAGCGCAAAAACGGCUCGCGUGAGUUUUGAGGCAGUGAAGGCGCGUUUCCAGGCGGAGCGCGAGCAAAACCAUCAAGUCGAUCAGACUAGACCGGUGGCACCAGCUCAUCCGGCUAAACCGAUCAAACCGGCCAAACCGGCCAAACCGACCAAACCGCCUAAACCGACCAAACCGACCAAACCGCCUAGACCGAUCAAACCGGCCAGACCGGUCAAGCAAGCCCCGGCCAUGGAUGACACAGUGAUGUCUGAAGAUGUUGGAGAGGCAACACCCGAGCCUAUGACUAGACGGUCCGACAGAAACAGGAAACCAAGCAGGAAGCAGCAAGAGAUGUCAGCUACAGAGAAUGAUGAGGAGAUAGCACGGGUGGAACAAGAGCAAGAGUUCAACGAAAAGACCCCAUCACCGCCGAGAACGACAAAACCGACAGAACCGACAGAAUCGCCUCCGCAGCCUGCAUAUUUGACCCAGAGAAUGGCGGAGCAUGAUCGCGGCGAGCUGCAGCUGACUGAUCCGGCCAUACCAAUGGGUUCUGAUGCUAUGGACAUGGAUGAUGAAAUUGAUGAUAAGUUCAUGCAUGAGGACCAAGAAGAGGACGACUUUGAGUAA